UAUGAAUCCAAUUGACACUAGAUAAAUAUUGAAUUGGGAUUAAGUAAAGGUUCAUCUUUAACCAAAUUUAUGCAUUGAAUGUUAAUUGGUUCCAUAAUAACCUCUUUAAUGUUAUCGAUGUUAAAAGUUAUUGUGUUAAACUUGUCAUGGAGAUCUAAAAUAGAAAUCAAGAGGGCCAAAAAUAUUUUGUUAGAAAUGCAAAGCAUUGAAUUAUUUCAAUCCUGCAAACAAUGCAAUUUAUUAGAGUUACCGAGAUAUGGUAAUAGGAUGUGUAAAUCGUCGAUAUGGUUGUAAAGUGACACUGGACUACAAGAAGUAUUAGAAACAUGUUGAAGAAUGUGAUUUUUAACGUAUUCCAUGUCCAUCACCAGGUUGUUUUGUAACAACAUUAAAAAGAGCAAAAGGAGAUCACUUAUCUGUCUGUGAAUAUGUAAUAGAAACAUGUUAAUAUUGUAAUAAGUAAUUCAAUCGUAAAUCAAUGACUUAUCAUCAAGUAUCAAUUUAGUUAUAAUUAAAUGAUAGGAAAAGUGUAAUGGAAAAGAUGCGUAACAGAUUGAUUUAGCAUCACUAAAGUCGGACUUCCUACGACUGAGGAGUAAAUUAGAUGCUGCCAUUUCUUAAUUUGAAUAAUCAACAGAAAUCACAAUGUUAGAAUAGAAAGUAAUCAAAUAGUAGUUAGAGAUCUAACAACUGAAGAAUAAUAUUAAUUAAUGAGUUAUUAAGAAUAUGAUUAUCUUCGUAGUAGACGGAUGUAAGUCUUUACAAUAGUAGGGCAUUUUCACUCCAUAAAUAAAGAUUAGCUAGUAUCAAAGGAUAUGAAAAUAAAUAAAUCUCUAGUGUUGUAACCAGAGUAGA